GCUUCACGUAAGCAUGAUCGCGGCCUGACGUACAUACCACGGCGGAGUGCUGCUGCACUGCUAGUACACUGGCAGUCGGCAAAUGCUGCGAGUAGUUGCCGGCAAGGCCGGCGCCCACCGUGACUACUACUGGCACCAAUUACUGGCCUGUAGGUGUAGCCAGUCAAACCCUGCCUGGGGAUCACACACUGGCACUACACAACCUGAAAUCCGUCCGCCGGAGACGUCACCCUCUCAUCUUUCUCAACAUCAUCAUCCCUCUGUCAUCAUUCUGUUCCAAUUCAACCUCGCUUUCAAAACUUCAAUUGUCGCUACUCAUUCGCACAGAGUCCCUACCUUUUGACAGUCCCAAUUGAGAUUAUCAUCCCAGACCUUCAUAAUGUCUUUCCAGGAUAAAGCCCAGCACCAGAUCUCCCAGAUCGACAAGGAGCUUUCCAAAUACCCCGCCCUCAACAACUUUGAGAAGCAGACCAGCGUUCCUAAAGUCUAUGCCUUCCUCGGCCUCGUCGGUCUCUACUUCUUCCUGGUCUUCUUCAACAUUGGAGGCGAAUUUCUUGUGAACUUUGCUGGAUUCAUAAUCCCGGGAUACUACUCUCUGGAUGCGCUAUUCAGCUCCAGCAAAGUGGACGAUACCCAAUGGUUGACGUACUGGGUCGUGUAUGCCUUCCUCACUGUUCUUGAGAGCAUGAUCAAUGCUGUCUAUUGGUUCCCGUUCUACUACGUCUUCAAGUUCAUUCUCAUCCUCUGGAUGGCUCUUCCCAUCACCAAUGGAGCUCAAGUCGUCUUCCGCUCCUUGAUCCAACCAGUCUUCUCCCGUUUCUUCACCCAGUCUGGAAGCGCAUCCGCAGAUGUCCGGGGCAAGGCUGAUGCGGCUUUCAAAAGCCAGUAAACGAUUCAAGCAAUCAUACAAGGAUUUUGUCCGCGAGUUGAAAGACAUCGCUGACGUUUGAUGCGAACGAGCUCCGCGCCAAAACAUCUCUUCGCGACAAUCCUGUAUACUGGCAGCCACAUUACACGUAAACAAUGAGAAUUGGUUCAAGCAUGGUUAGAGUUGCUGGUUGGAAUUCGUACCAGCCAGCGGAGAGUGAGGAACAUUGGGAUGAAACUGUUGCGGAUUAGCACGAUAGACCGAUUCACUCUGGGGUUUGCUUAUGGAGAUUAUCUACGGCUUUUGAUAUGAACAAUUGACGCAAACAUCCUAUAAACACCCCAUAAAAUCCGAUUUCAGGGUGCUGCACGUUACUAGUCGUCCGAUACUUCAUAAUGUAGGGGUGUGCGCUCCAACGUCUACAAAGCCACCAAGGCCAGGUGCGGUAGUUGUAGAUCAAUUCCAGCUUCCAAAGCCUCUUUCCGCACUCUCCUGCUGCUUCGGAUUGACGAAUAUCCGAUAGGGAAACGGGUUCUGGUCGCUGGUGGUGAUGGGU